AUGGCCACACUGGUGCCGUCUUCCAUGCCCUGUCACUGGCUGUUGUUCCUGCUGCUGCUUUUUUCAGGUGAGCCGGUACCAGCGGUGACAAACAGUGACCUGUCACAGAAUCUCCAAGGAAGCUCUUGUUCCGAAAUCAAGCUGUACCCGAGGUACAUAGCCAAAAAGCGGGGCUCCGUGGUGAAGUUUUACUGUUACUCAGACUCCUCCACCGUGACCUGGUUCCGAAAACAAGAGAAAGAGACACCCCAGAAGCUGUCUGAAGAAGAGGGACGCAUCUCAAAGCUCCACAAUGGCUCUGCCUAUGUCCUCACCAUCCAAAACAUCCAGUUUGAGGACAAUGGUAUCUACUUCUGCAAGCAGGAAUGCAGCAGAGACCCAGAGGAUGCUUGGAGCUGUGGCUCAGAACUUAAAGUCCUAGGAUUCAGCACCUUGGAACAGCUGAAGCGGCGGAACACCCUGAAAGAUGGCAUCAUCAUGAUCCAGACCCUCCUAAUCAUUCUCUUCAUCAUCGUACCCAUCUUCUUGCUACUAGACAAGGAUGACAGCAAGGCAGGGAUGGAGGAAGAUCAUACCUACGAGGGCUUGAACAUUGACCAGACAGCCACCUACGAAGACAUAGUGACUCUUCGAACGGGGGAGGUAAAGUGGUCUGUUGGCGAACACCCAGGCCAGGAGUGA